CACAAACCGUCAAAUCUAUUCAUCGCUUUCACUACGAUCCGGAUAUGCUUUUCUCCUGAUAACAUUCCCGUAUCUUGUAGAAUUACAGACGCAAUCGCAAAAAUCGACAUUAUGCCCGUUGCAAUUCAUAAAUCCAUCUCCGGCGAAUCAAAUUAGGGUUCCGAUGUCGCUUAAGUUGUGAUUGUCUAUGCGGAUGGAGUCUCUGCAUCAAAGAGUAGAAUCAUGGAUCAGAGACCAAAGAACGAAGCUCUUGAAGGUCACUUGGCCACAACAAUGGCCUGUUGCUAUGAAAUGGCCUUGGAUCAAAGGGAGAGAACACAGGAAACGAAUGCAAGAAGAGUAUAAGCGUCGGAAGACGCAACUUCACAAUCUUUGUAUCGCCCUCAAGGCCGAUUCGCUUUCGGAUUUGCAGGAUAUACUUUGCUGUAUGGUGCUUUCUGAGUGUGUUUACAAGAGACCUGAUGCUGAACUGGUUCAAGCUGUGAAUAAAUUUAAAGCGGACUUUGAUGGUCAAGUUGUUUCUUUGGAGCGCAUCCAGCCAUCUUCAGAUCAUGUCCCUCACAGGUAUCUUCUAGCAGAAACAGGAGACACAUUAUUUGCUUCCUUCAUUGGAACCAAGCAAUACAAGGAUAUGAUGGCUGAUGCGAAUAUACUUCAAGGUGCCAUAUUCCAUGAUGAUGUUUUAGAAGAUACUGAAGAAAUUAUAACAAAAAACUCUCCUCAAGUUGACAGCCAAAAGAAACUCUUUGAUGAUACUCCAAAGACCCUUGGAGCAAAGCCUCAAGGAGUAACUUCAACUAAACCUGCUGCUCAUCGGGGCUUCAUGUCACGUGCCAAAGGGAUACCUGCUUUGGAGUUAUACAAGCUGGCUCAGAAAAAGAAACGAAAACUUGUUCUCUGUGGACAUUCACUUGGUGGAGCAGUUGCUGUUUUAUCUACCCUUGCUAUCUUGAGGGUGAUUGCAGCUGCUUCUUCAUCAAAAGAACAUGAAAAAGUUCAUGUAAAAUGUAUCACAUUUUCCCAGCCUCCUGUUGGCAAUGCUGCUUUAAGAGAUUAUGUUAAUGAGAAAGGGUGGCAGCAAUACUUCAAGACUUACUGCAUUCCAGAGGAUCUUGUCCCCCGUAUAUUGUCCCCUGCAUACUUCCAUCACUACAAUGCACACUCCUAUGUACCUCCAGUUGACAUUGUAUCAGAGAGACAAAAGGCAAAAGUUAAGGAGGAUGAAAAAGAGCAGUUGGUGUUGGGUUUGGGACCUGUACAUAACUCUUUCUGGAGACUUUCCAAGCUUGUACCUAUAGAUGCUGUGAGAAGACAACUUAAUAAAUACACUGGCAAUACAUUUGGUUCUUCUGUGAAUCCUACCACUGAUUCCAACUUAACAUCUUCAAUCCAAGACACUGAAGAUGCUCCACAGUCUCUUGAGAUUGAAGAGGAUUCUGAUGGCAUUUCCCUCAAACCAUAUCCCACCACAGAUAAAGGGGAUCCAUAUGAAACUAUAAAAGAUAAAUCAUCUAAUAAACGUAAGGCAUGGCAUAGGGUACCUGCUUUGCCUUCAUAUGUCCCAUUUGGACAGCUUUAUCUUUUGGGUAAUUCGUCUGUGGAGUCUUUAUCCGGUGCAGAGUACUCAAAGUUGACAUCGGUUAAGUCCAUAAUUGCUGAACUAAGGGAAAGACUUCAGUCUCAUUCCAUGAAAUCAUAUAGGUCAAGAUUCCAAAGAAUCUACAACGAUUGCAUGAGAGAUAGCUCUUCAUCCUUCUUGGGAAUGGAUCAACAACAACAAUUUCCUCAAUUACAAAAAUGGCUUGGUAUUUCACUUGCUAACACUGUUGAGCUUGGACACAUUGUGGAGUCUCCUAUUAUAUGCACUGCCACCUCUAUUGUCCCCCUUGGAUGGAAUGGUGUUCCUGGUGAAAAGAACAUUGAGCCUAUUAAAGUAGACAUUACUGGUGUUGAUUUGCACCUAUGUACCCUAGUUCAAGCCCGUGUCAAUGGGAACUGGUGUGCAACAAGUGUUGAAGCUUUCCCUUCUGGGCCGAAUAAUAAUCAUUCGGAUGAUGGAGUCAUGUCAGGGAUGCAAAAGAUUAGGGUUUUAGUUGGGAGACCUUUGAAACGACCUCCAAAGCAUCAAAUAACCACAGAUUCAUUAAUUUCAGCUUUUCCUUCUAUGGAUUUAAACCCUGUUGAUCAAUUGGGGAAAUUUAUGUGCCCUGAAGGUCUAAGUGACUUUGUUGUAUUUUGUACAACCGAUUUCUCUACCAUCUCCAAAGAGGUUCAUGUUCGCACCCGUAGGGUCCGCUUGGUUGGCCUUGAGGGUGCUGGCAAAACAUCACUUUUAAAGGCAAUAUUAGAUCAAGGAAGGGCAAAUAUGUCAACCAAUGUUGAAAAUUUUCCCAUGGAUGUUGAUGUUCAAGAAGGCUUUGCAGGUGGUUUAUGCUUUACAGACUCUGCAGGGGUAGAUUUACAGGAUCUGAACAAGGAAGCAGCUCGUUUCAAAAAGGAAUUAUGGAUGGGGAUUCGUGACAUGAACACAAAAACCGAUUUAAUCAUAUUAGUCCACAAUCUGUCACAUAAAAUCCCAUGGUAUACACUACAAUCAAACACAUCAACACGCCAACCAUCCCUCUCAUUUCUAUUAGAUGAAGCCAAAGCACUUGGAAUCCCAUGGGUCCUUGCAAUUACAAAUAAAUUUUCUGUAAGUGCUCACCAACAAAAGCCAGCAGUUGAAGCUGUUCUUGAGGCGUAUCAAGCAACUCCAACCACAACUGAAGUCAUUAAUUCAUGUCCAUAUGUUAUGCCAAGUCCUGCAACUGAAGAAAUUAUAGAUCCUGAUGUGAAAUUGGGUCCUCAUAAGUUGAUUGCGGGCCCCAUUAAUUUAGUUAGACGCUCGUUUCAGAAGAGAAGUAUGAUUCUUCCUGUAGAGGGUGUCAGUGCCCUUUGUCAGCUUGUACAUCGUGUCCUUCGUAACCAUGAGGAGGUUGCUUUGGAGGAACUUGCAAAAGAGAGGCUUAUGGUGGAAUUAUCGAAAGGGAGAGAAUCGGGAGCUGAUGGGAGUCGAGAGGCGAUGGCGAUGGCAAAGGCAAACUCAUUGACAGCUGCAGCAGUUGGUGCUUCUGUUGGGGCGGGUGUUGGCCUUGUCAUGGCCAUUGUUAUGGGGGCAGCUUCUGCAUUGAGGAAACCUUAAUAGAUCCAUUGUUAUUGGUGCUUUCUAUUUAGUUUAUGAUUAGAUUUUUGGUGGUGGAUGAAUCAUGAAUCAUAAGUUGUAGAUUGUAUUUGUGUGGGAGUUAGGUGGGAG